AUGUCACUUAUGUUGAGGUCUUUGCGGAGACCCACAAGAAGAAGAAGGACGACACAUGAGAAGGAUGGGUCAAACCGCGACAAAUACCAUAUUGAUCUUGAUGUAUGGCGACAAACUCAGCCUGAAGGAACUCAACCGGCCCUGGAGGAUAUGACUGCAAUUUGGACACUGGCGGCUAGUGGCGUGAAUAGAGUUUUUCUUCCUUAUUCUCGUCAUCUGUACCAAUCUCCUGAAAAUGCUGCCAAUGUUUCCACGAUCAAAGAAAAUUCUAGUGCCCAUGACGAGCUUGGUGUUAGGAUUUUUGAAGCUGAAUCAGGGUCUUUAUUGGAUUCAGUUGAAUGCGCAGUUUGUCUAUGCAAAAUAGAAGAAGGAGAAGAAGUCAGAGAACUGAGAUGCAAUCAUCUUUUUCACAGAGUUUGUCUUGAUAGAUGGCUUGGUUAUGGACGUAUGACUUGUCCGUUAUGCAGAAAUUAUCUCAAUAAUACACCAUAUUGUUCUCAUCAUUUUACUGAUAUCUAUCAAGAAGUCAUCUUGUUUGAUUUCAUCAAAGUAAGAUCAAGUGAUCGCCGUCAAUGGUGGUUGCGGUGAUUUAAACUUUUUAUGUUUAUCUACCUUUUUUUUUUUUGUGAAG